AGCGCGGCGCCUUGCGGAGACGCUGAGGCAGCUCUGCCAGGGAGCUAGCAGCUACACGGAAAAGGCGAAAUAAUCGCUGAGAGGAGCAGAAAUCCUCCAACUGCCGCGUUGUUUUCAGUGAUGUAGAGAGAAAGGACUGAGUUGCGCUUUAAUAAAACAGCAGGACCCAUGACCCUGACACGAGGUUCCUUCAGCUACUCCAAUGGCGAGGAGUACCAUGGCGAAUGGAAAGAAGGUCUGCGUCAUGGCCUGGGUCAGCUGACCUUCAGCGAUGGGACGUGCUACACUGGACAGUUUGAGAACGGCCUCUUCAAUGGCUGCGGGGUGCUGGUCUUCCCCGACGGCUCCAGGUAUGAAGGUGAAUUUGUGCAGGGCAAAUUUCAAGGCGCCGGCGUGUUUACUCGCUUCGAUGGGAUGAGAUUCGAGGGCGAGUUUAAAAGCGGAUGUGUGGACGGCUACGGAGUGCUGACGUUUUCGGACGGAGGCCCCGGUGGCGGCGGUGGCAGCCAUGAGGGUCUGUUUGAGACCAGCCAGUUGAUGAGGAGGGAGAACAGCCAGGGAGCCGUGCAGAGAGCGCAGGCAGCAGCCGCCAAGGCCCGAGCUCUGGCCAUGUGACCUGGACUACAUCACCCACAGUGCCCCACUACCAAGAUAAUCCUCCCCAUCAUCAUCCUCUUGGUUUGAAUAGCUGAUAAUGUUAUUUAUUAAGAGAUUUCAUUCUUUUCUACAGUUUUUUCUCAUUCACUUUCUUUGACUGCUGUAAUUUAGCAUGCAGUGGAUUAUUUUUUAAGAUUUUGUAUAUUUUAUUUUUCAUUUCUGAAACGUGCAGUAUUCCCUGGAGCAACAUGAGUGACUCCAGUCAGCUGAUAUGUGUUCACUGGAGAUAAUUCUCUUUUAUUGCGUCCCAUUUGAAAGCCACUGAUUUAGGAUCAGCUGAGCCAAACACAGAUCAACUGCUCAAUCAACACACUGGUGCUAAAUCUGCUUCAGGCUCAGCUAACCUGACAAAACACAACUCUGGAUUCAAAAAUGCAUACAGACGUUUUCCAGUAAACACUGAUUUGGUGAUUUAAAAAAAUCUGGGUUUAAACCUGAAUACAUGUGGUUAAUUUAAGUUUAAAGCAGUUUAGGGGUUUGAUUGCAUUUUUACAUCACCAGUUUGUAUCUCUGUAUUUUUAAAUCUGUUCAUCAGAUCUGAAUCCUUUCAUAUCCCUGACUGAAUCCCUUAUUGAUUCUAAUUAGGUUCAGCUUUUAACAUGUUCAAGUAAUUAAAGGUAAAUAUAACUAAAACUCAAACAAUCAUUCAAGAUCUGUAAUUAUCUUUUGUUACGUGAGAAGGAAGUUGGGUCUUUUCUAGCAGUCUUAUUAAUGUCUACAACCUAUAGAUACAACCUGAAAAUGAGAUGAGCUGCAGAAAAUGUUGAUUAAAGGUGUCUGAAAAAAAACAGCUGUAGCUUACCCUUUUAGUGCGCCUUAUUAACAAGCUCCAUGCAGCAACUUGUGGAGGUCCCAAAGUUAAUAAUCUUAACAUAUUGAUAUGACACACAAAAGAAGUAAAAACAAAUAUGACUACUUAAAUUGGAGUGACAAUAUGCGUGAGAUUUAAUUUCAUUUAAUUUGUAGUGAAUUUUGGACUCUCUCUGUCUUUGAGGGACAAAUAGACUCAGCUAAAUUUACUUUCACUUCUAAUCAAAAUAUAUUUUAAAGGAUCAGUGUGAAGGAUUUAGUGGCGUCUAGUGGUGAGGAUUGCAGACUGCAGCCAGCUGAAACUUCAGCCAUGUGCUAAGUGUGAACUCAAGAUUAGCGUUCAUUGUUCAGGAGGUUUUACUGGGACCUGAAUUAUCCGCAGAGGUCUCUUCCUCUCCAAAACAAACAGACCUGGUGAUGUAAACUGGUAAAAACACUAAAGCCCCGUCUACAUGUACACAGAUAUUUGUAAAAAAUUUAUAUUUUCCUCUACAUUUUGGCCUCUUGUCCACACGCAAACAAAGUUUAGGUGUGUAUCUGUAUGGACAUGUAAAACAGAGCAUUAAGGAAACAAUUAUGUCAUUAUUUUAAUUCGUAUUUGGUCCACCUCAGCAUCUGCGUUUAAUUUAUACUCCCUUUACAUACGAAAAUAGAUACGUCCGUUUCAAAUGUUGUAAACAUCAAACUCAAACUUCCAUAUGUCCUUUAUGAUGCCAUAGAUACAGCCAAUAGAUGGCACUAGAGGGCAGAGUCAAAAGUUUCAGACAACAGCAAAUGCGGAGACAGUGAAAGAGGUCGUAAUGUUGUACCUUUAAACAGAGGCAGUGUUGUAGAUGGCAGAGGUUUGUGCAGCCAUGUGACGUUACAUCCUGACAUGUGGAUGGAGAAUUCUUUCAGAACUAAAUGAAGAAAGAGUACGGAAAGAAGACUCCGUAUGUCUCUGUCUCCAUAUCUAAUGCUGAGCAUCUAUGAGCCCUUAAAGAAACAACAGUUUUGGGAUAGGAUCAGUCGGAGCAGAUGGUGGGACGCUAGAGUGGGAUUAUUGUUGAUAAGGAGUGGAAGGAAAACUUUUACAUGUCCAGAGCAUCACACGUAUCUUUUGAGUAAACGGUAAUGAGAUCUCCAGUUUUGAAAAAGGCAACGUUAGCCUGUUUAGUGUCAAGAUACACUGCUGAAGACAGCUAACGCCAGCGAGUGUUUGGAGUCGUUUUUGCGUUGUAGUAUGGACAGAGAUAAUUUGUAAAGAAGUCUGUGUGGACAGAAUUAUUUUUUCAAGCGUAGGGGGGAAAUAUCAGUUUUAAAAAAUAUAGAAAUACGUGCCUACGGGCCUAGAUAAGGCAGUUUUAUGUUAAAAAUCAGAGUUUUCCCAACACUGUUCAGCUUGUCGCGCAGGGGCUGCUAACUACAGUGGCCUAUCCAGAGCCAGUUUCAGUUUUGUCCACUCUGGGCUACUGUAGAAACAUGGUGGUGCAAUCUGGCAGAUUCCAUUAACAAGGACCCGCUCUCUAUGUAGAAACGAAUAGCUUAUUUAUAGGGAACAAAGGAUGGUUGUUAUUUUCAGGCGAUUAUACACACCAUCUCCGUCAAUAUAUUCCCCUAAAUCCCACACACUUGACCUUUAACCUUCGAAUUGCCAAAUCAGUGUUUACUGGGUUUCCUGCCUUCCUCUUUAAAAAAGCAUGUGUUCUGACAUCUGACCUUAUUGGUGCUCUACUGCAGAAUUAAAUACAAACUGUUUAACAUAAGUUUGUGGAAUGUCAGAGGGGUGUAGAUCUUGGCUAAAGUAAAUGUGAGCAGUGUCUUUUGUUGUUUUCUUUCACUCAGUGCCGUUACAGCUCAGUCUGAUCACAGAUCAGCGGGAACAUCCCCCUCAGUGCCAACCACACAGUGCCAACAGGCCGCAGCUGGUCCAGAAUCAGUGGCUUGUCAUAAGCUGAACAGCGGAGGGUAAUGGGAAGCGUGACAGGCUGCAGUAAUGUGUGCAAUUUCUGUUCUGGAGGUGCAAUUUGAUAAUAACGUGCAAUUUGAGGCUGAAAGCAAGAUGCCCCCUUCCAGCGAGUUUUACAUUCAGAGAUGAGAAGCCGGCUGCUUCGUCUGCAGGAGAGGCUUUGUGGGUCAGAGAGAGGCAUGUCUGAUGUGACAAAUGACUCUCUGAACUGGAAGGGUUUCAUUCCAAAAAUUCAUGCAUUAUUCUCCAUAUGAAAUGUGAUAUUUUGCAAAAACACUUCCGUCUUGUAGGCAAAAGUAUAAAGGUCAUUUGUAAUUGAUAUCAGGAAUAUAUGAUGUGCUUUACCUAAAUGUCAGGAUUUACUAAAACAAGACUUAAUGAUUAUUUUGGAUGGGUUUUUUUUGUGUGUUUUUGAAAUGAAACUCUCGUCUGCUUUAUGCAGCUUUUUUUUUUCUUUCUAAAUGUAUUUUUCACAUCUUUGAUUAAUGAUGUCACUUUGGGUGUUAAGUGUUUGUGUUUGUGUAUAA